CCUCCGCCGCUUUGACGCUCCUGUCCGGACGCCGCUCGCCGCGCAGGGAGGGAGCGGCAGCGUUUAUUGCUGAGCAACGGAGGGAGAGAAGGCCGCCGCGCAGCAGCAGCAGCAGCAGCAGCAGCAGAGAGCCAGACUGAACUGCAGCAACGGCAGGGCUGGGCUCUAUACACACACACACAGACACAUACACCCCUUCAACAGCGAACACACAGCAGAAAGGAAACAAAAAAAGGGAUGGCCUAGCUGUGUUGUGCUGUUGGCAGUGUAUCAGCAGUGAGCUACCUGGACCAGAGGUGUGUACCAGAGGCAGCAGCAGGUUGCAGAGAUGAGUGUGACCUCCUGGUUCCUGGUGAGCAGCGGGGGAACUCGCCACCGACUCCCCCGGGAAAUGAUCUUUGUUGGCAGGGAUGACUGUGAGCUCAUGCUACAGUCCCGCAGUGUGGAUAAGCAGCAUGCAGUCAUCAACUACGAGGCUGGAACUGAUGAACACAAGGUCAAGGACCUGGGCAGCCUGAAUGGGACCUUUGUAAAUGAUGUCCGCAUCCAGGAGCAGAUGUACAUUACUCUGAAGUUGGAGGACAAACUGAGGUUUGGAUAUGAUACCAACCUGUUCACGGUGGUAAGAGGAGAGCUAACUGUGCCUGAGGAAGCUUUAAAGCAUGAAAAGUUUACCAGCGGCCUCCAGCUCAGCAAGAAGCCGUCCAACGGUGAAACCACUACGACGACAACCACAAGCAAGUCUCCCGCUAAGACUCCAACAAAGACACAUAAGUCCCCCAGUGGCAGCACCCUAAGGACAGCGGAGAGUAGAACAACAGAUGGGGUCUCCUCCUCCAAAGAGCCAUCAGCUAAACCUGUAGAUGCCCACAAAGCAGAGGAGAGGAUAGGAGGGGAUGUUACAGCGCUGCCUCGUGGGACCCCCCUGUACGGCCAGCCGUCUUGGUGGGGGGAUGGGGACGCAGACGACGAGAACUCUUUCAAACAGGAAAGCAAGUCAUCCAGCAAAAAACAUGACAGCUCCUUUUCAGACAGCAAAGAGGCACGUCGAGGGGAGAAAGCUAAAGAGGAAGGUCUUCAUGCGUCCUCCGCCCACGAUUCCAGUUACUUUGAGAUCCCUACCAAGGAGGGUCACAUGGCUAAUAACGGCAUCCAUGAGAUUCCCACCAAGGACACAGAGGGCACCUCUGCUCACACUGCAGCUCAAGGCCACGCCUCCUUCACCAUAGAGUUUGACAACACUUCUCCUGGGAAAGUCACUAUUAAAGACCACGUGUCAAAGUUCACACCCGACCACCACAGAUCUCGCUCCAAGAAGAGCGGAGCAGGAAGCGGAGGAGCAGGCGCAAGGGACUUAAGCACGCUGCAAGCCGCCAUGAUGGCAUCAGAGAGCAAGGUGGCCGAUUGGCUGGCCCAGAACGACCCCACUCUGGUGCGCAGCGAGUCAACGGAGGACGACAGCAAGAGCAUCAAGAGUGACGUACCGGUCCAUCUAAAAAGGCUAAAAGGGAGCAAGCAUGAGGAUGGUACCCAAAGUGACUCAGAGAACGGACUGGGCCUACGUUUCGCCAACCGCCGCCACGCCCUCGAGGAACGCCUAAAAGCAGCGCACGGCCACGUGGGAGCAGGAGCAGGAGGAGCAGGAGCGGGGAACAUAACAGUGAGCGGGACCAGAGCUGCCGGCGCCCGCACCGCUUUUAUGAUCGAGUUCUACGACGAGGAAAACCCUCGCAAGCGCCGGUCAUAUUCGUUUUCCCAGACUGCACCCCUGCAGGGAGUAGGUGGAGGGGAGGGACUGUGUCCACAGCCUCCCUCUCACCCCAAGGUGUUCAGCAUUUCAACCUCUGCUACUACAGCCUCAGACUCCGGUAAGGUCCCUGCUCCGAUACCAGCCACAGUGACUGCAGGUGCCCCUACGGCUGCACGCGUCCUUCUCAAGCAGAGGUCAGAAGAUCAGAGUAUCGGUCGCAGCUCAGCCAGCACCGGGCUGGCGACAGGAAGCCCCACCACCCCCAGCGAGGACACCUCGGUCAUCGGGAGGGCAGUGGGAACCGCUGGAGGGGAGGCAGACGACGACCAUAGUGAUAAGGGCACCUACACUAUUGAACUGGAGAACAGGAACCCAGAGGAAGAGGAGGCCAGGCGUAUGAUAGACAAGGUGUUUGGUGUGCAGCAGAGCCAGGACACCUCUGUUCUGUCAGACCUAAAAGAAGGAAAAGGAAAGGAGACAGGAGAGACAGGGAAAGAGGCUCAUCCCGGUGACUCGAGCUGGGUCUCUCAGUGGGCCAGUCUAGCUGCCAAUCACACCAGGACAGACCCAGAGGGCUCAGGAGCAGAAACAGCCGCCUUCGUGCACAAAGAGAGAGCUGAUGCCUUUGAGUCGGGUGCAUCCCUCAGCAGAGGUGAAUCUUCCUCCAGUCUGACCGACCGUAAGCGCAGGACCCUCCCCCAGCUCCCUGUGGAUGACCCCCAGGCUAAAUCCAGCACCAAAGCUCUGGGACUGAGGUCAGAGAUCGGGGAGAAACAGGACACUGAACCACAGGAGAAAGAGAACAAGGGAGACGGGGAGUCCCCAACUCCCAUCGGGGACGAGAUGACGAGUAAACGUAAACAAAGCGCCACAUCUUCUCCAUCCAAGGCUCCUCUCCGGUCCACUGGCAGCGCUGAGCGGAGGAAGAGGUCAGAGGAGAGGAAAGGAGCAGGAGGAGGUGCAGGAGGAGAAGCAGGAGAGAAGUCUGGGAAGCCUCUAGUGCGUCAGGGCAGCUUCACAAUUGAGAAGCCCAGCGCUAAUGUCCCCGCAGAGCUCAUCCCACGCAUCAACAGAGGCAGCAGUGGGCGAGAACGCAGUGACUCCGUGGGCAGCAUGGACACUGCUACACUCCUGAAGGACACUGAAGCUGUCAUGGCAUUCUUGGAGGCCAAAUUAAGAGAUGAAAACAAACUAGACCAGAAAAGUAGCAAAACUGGCAUCGCCACUCAGGGUUCAGGCUCUGGCUUCCCCCCUCGGACUGGCUCCAUCUCUCCUGAAUCAGACGUGGACACGGCCAGCACAGCUAGUCACGUGGCUCCAGAGGCAGAGAGGAAAGCAUCAGCUGGCGGUGAACAAAAACGACGUUCCUUCAGCAGUAUGCACCGGGAGAAGAGCAACAUGAGCACUGCUUCCAAAACCAGCGUCACUAAUGCAAGUGCCCGUGAGCGCUUGGAGAGGAAGUCUAAAACAAGAACAGCGGAGGCGACAAGCCGGACUGACACACGCCGCUCUGUUCAGCCGUCCUCUGCCUCCUCCAGAACACGCCAGCCUUCUCUGGACCUCACAGAUGAUGACCAGACUUCUUCCUUCCCCAUCUCUGACAUCCUCUCCUCAGACCAGGAGACCUACUCUGGACCUUUGGGACAUUCUAAACUCGACAGCAGAUCUGCUAAAACCUCGGCCAGUGGAUCCUCCAAAACCAGCCGCCCUCUCCAGGCGGCCACAGCCUCGUCCCUGAAUAAGCAGGCCUCGCUGCCUCAGCCGCGGCCCACGAGAGCCUCCCUCCUCCGCCGCGCCCGGCUGGGAGAUACAUCUGACACGGAUCUAGCUGACGCAGACAGGGUGUCCGUCGCAUCCGAGGUGUCCACCACCAGCUCCACCUCUAAGCCACCAUCCGGUCGGAAGGGAUUGUCGCGACUGGACAUGCUGGCUCAGCCGCGUAGGAACCGCCUGGGCUCCAUCUCAGCCCGCAGUGACUCAGAGUGUACAGUGACCCGGAGCUCCACCUCUUCACCCCGCCUGUCAGCCGAGACUGCUCUGCGUUUGGGUUUGCGCUCUUCAACACCGACAGAGAACAGGCUGACACCGAGGAUGAGGGCCAACAGCGUGUCCAAACUGAAUGAGACCAAGACUAAGACCACUACAUCUGGAUACUGCUCGCCCACAGUGUCCAGUAGCAGCAGGUGGAGACGUCUGCCGCCUGAGUACGGCUCCACCUCGGAGGAAGAGUUUGGCUCCAACCGGAAUUCUCCGAAGCACGGAGGACGCUCCCACAUGCGGCCUCAUCACCUCGUGCCACACCGCAGCUCUAGACUCAGCACCACCGCGAGCCCAGGCUCCGGCGUGGUGACGGGUCCGGGUGGAGUGGGGGUCAAACACCGCAUGAAAGAACAAGAGGAGUAUAUCAGGGACUGGACAGCACACAGCGAGGAGAUAGCAAGGUUAUUCCCAUGUGUGCGCAGGAUCAGCCAGGACCUGGCUAAGGACUUGGCCAUCUUGGCUCGUGAGAUCCACGAUGUGGCCGGCGAAAUCGACUCGGUCAGCUCAUCCGGCACGGCGCCCAGCACCACUGUCAGCACUGCCGCCACGACCCCGGGAUCGGCCAUCGACACCCGGGAAGAGGUAGGCCCUGCACGUCCCACGCAGCCGGAUAUACAGGAGAGCAUGAGAAAGUUGGUGGAUCGGGUGUUUGACGAGAGCCUCAACUUCAGGAAGAUCCCGCCUGUGAUUUCAACCAAUAAAGCACCAGAGAUCAACGGUAAGCCGGUGGAGCUCCGACCCCGAGCUCCUGACAGCCUGGAGCCUCGAGCUCUGAGGAGACGCACCUGGAACCGAGAGGAGGCGGUAUUGGACAGCCUCCUGCUCAAUUCAGUUUCUCAGCUGUCCACAAAGAUCAGACACUCUGUCGACAAAACAGCAGGAAAAAUCAGGAUAUUGUUCAAGGAUAAGGACAGGAACUGGGACGAGAUCGAAAACAAACUGCGAUCAGAGAGUGACAUACCACUUCUGAAAACCUCCAACAAGGAGAUCUCCUCAAUUCUGCUUGAACUCAAGAGAGUCGAGAAGCAGCUUCAAGUCAUCAACGUUAUGGUCGACCCAGAUGGGACUCUUGAUGCCCUUGCCAGUCUCGGCCUGACCAGCCCCACCACCCCUACCAAGCCCCAAACCGCCAAAACAACUUCCCCCUCUGCCACCAGCCCCAGGUCUGCACCCCCAGCCAAAGAUUUACUGCCGGAGAUCCUUCCUGGGCCCGGAGGAUCAUCAGCCAGGGUUCAGGCUUCCUCUGCCAGCACAGAGGAGACUGCACGAGACUCCAGCGCGGGUCUGGGGUUAACAGGAGUCGGAGGACUGCCCUUCAGCCGCAUGCGGCCGAGCGGAGAGGAGGCCAUUGCACAGAAGUGAACAGAAAAUUUCCCUGAAAUCAGUAUUAUGUGAAUAAAUGUGGGUCUGGAUUGGAGUGCAGGUGGCUGAUGAUCACAACAAUGAAGCAGGCGUAGAAACAUUUUAACAGUUGCCAUUUUGCUGACUAUAACAGUGGAGGAUUAUGGGUAUAAUAUAAACAUAACUUAGCUAAAGUGUUACCAGACCUGGCCAGAAAUGAAGUGCUCCAACUGAUGCAUCAUGAAUAUACCAGAACUUCACACCCAUGAAUGACUUAGAUCGAGUCAUAUUAUGAACUUUUAAGCUUCAAACUGUUCAUACUGGCCAACCUGACUUCCUGAUGGACUGAAGCCUACCUGGCUGCCUGGACAGAUCUCUGUGAUUAAUUGUACAGUCUCCACUCUCCUCCAGUCAGCUCCUCUUUGCCUUCUCCAUGUGACUGGACCCUAACCCCUACACUAAGGACAUGCCUUAAAACACAUCCUUGAUAGUAGCAGCCCCCGUGUCCCCUCAGAUAAUAUACAACUCUUAAGACUUUAAUACAAUACUUUCAGACCAACAGAAUGCAUUGUAAAAUAAAACACUUGCAAAAUAUGUUCUAUUUACACAGCAGCGACUGCGAUGAUUUAUUAGCUCUUGUUCAGUAUAAAGAAUAUUUCUGCAGCCUUAACGAACCACACGGUCAUACAGACACGCUUCAUGCCUGAAACACUUCACGUAACUCUAACCGUCCAUCAAUGCAUCUCUCAAACUGACUGGAUUUGUAGUGCCUGCCCAUCUCUGUGCUCUCCUUUUUCUUCUUCUUCACCCUUUCCUCUCUCUCUCUCCCAGUAGUUGGAAAAAAGUGUUAACACAAAGUUUGUCACUGCAGUAGCAUGUACAGGACAGAGCUGAGAGCUUCCUUCCUGCAAAAGUUGGUGUCUGUGUUGUUACUUACUUCUAAUACUGAAUGGUAGUUGUACACAAUAGUAACAGCCUUUUGGAAACCAAUGAUCAUUUUCACUCAAAAGAACCGCUUACCAAAGUUAACUAAGUUUGUCGACAUGUUCAAAACAGUGGCAGUUCAUCUCGUGUCUCGCCUUCUUCUCUGAAUGUCAGGAUCAUGUCUCUGUCAACAAAUCAAAGCUUGAAUAGCUUAUUUAUCAAAAAUCAAACACUAGUUUAAUCAUUCAUCACCGCCAUAUCUUUUUUGAGAAUCAGUGCCCUUAGCUUUUUGCAGUACCUCCACUUAAGUGUCCUCAUUCAUUUGCAAUUGGCUUUUUUCUACUUUUUCCAGCCAUGGGUGAUGUGACUUAUUUUUAAACUUAGCAGUGACAAAGCAAAGAAAAGAACUGUUUAAACUAAAUAUUUUCUAAUAUUUAGAUACUGGUAUUGUAGAUAAUUGUGGACCUUUAUUUUUUAAUGCUUUGGCGUCACCUCACAUGACAUUUCAUCUUCUCUGUCUGUCACUAACAUGCUUGAGCUCACGUACGCGCAAAAACCCGAGCACGGAAAAGUCGCUGGAAUUCUUUUUAAAUCAUGGACAACUUACGAGGAGGCCUUUUGUGUUUUCAAAAUGUUUCUCUGAGGAACGUCAGUGAGAAGAAAUGAACACGUUGGAAAAUAAGCUCCCCAUCUAUUUUAUGGAUUUUUGCUCAUAAUACGGCUUCAUAUCAGUCUAUAUACAGUGGAUGCAUUGUUCUGUUUCCGCCAAAGGGGGGGGAAGUUCCAGCAUACUGAUACUGUAGAGUUGCAGAGAAAGUCUAGUUAACCUCUUUCUCGCUGACUUUGCUGCUUUUCUAGUAACUUCACGGGGACUAACCAUUUUCUGAGUCUCUCUUCAGUUUAUAGUCUGUGUUCUAGAGUAAGAUGACUUAAAGGCAGUAUAUUAGUACUUAGAUACUCUUGCAAUAGUGAAUUUAGGUACCAGAAUACAUGUUCAUUUCCUUCUCUCUAUACUGUACUGUACAAUGUUUUUUCAAUGCCUCAAAGUGCCCAUUUUGACUAGCGAAGGGCAUUGAAUAAAAGAAAAUGUAGUUGUCUAAAAAAAAAAAAAAAUCUUUUAUUUUGCACAUCAGACUGUGGUGGGGUUUUUUUUCAUACAGAAGUAGUGAAGAAGCAGCGAAAGGCAAAGAAUGAUAUCACUUUGCCUGAUAUCAGAAGUGACUGCCUCGCCUCUCUGGAAUGAUUCUGUCUGUACAAACGAAGCCUCUAAUUGUGUUUUUUUUUUUCUUCCCCCCGUUUUAUCAAAAAAAAAAAAAGAAAUUAGGGGACUGUGAAUGCUAGGUACAUGUUUAUUUUUGAAAUUCUACAUGUCGCAUCUGAUCAGUGUUCUUUGUCAUUUUUUUCUUGUCAUUUUUGUAAAGAAAAGACACCGUUUUAUUUAUUUUUUGUUUUUGUUUUAAUAUUUUGUGGAUGUUUCAUGCAUUUUAUAUUUGUUCCAACUACCUGCAUUGUUUCUUACUGUUAAUAAAAGAGAGCCAUUCA